UGUGUUGUGGAAUGUCAAUUUGAGGCUUUGCAGACGACCGCAUGCACAGGUCGGUUGUGGGAAAAAUGUAAAAUUGUGAUUCACACGACAUGGAAAGACGCGAGUCGGCUACUUAUCAAGCACACGACCUCAUCAAAUUCCAUCAGAUACGAUCGCACAUUCAAUCACAUCGCACGUUCCGUUACUCUCGCUCUAGUCAACGUCUCUAACUUGUGGAUUUCUACGUACCAUUCAUUACAUACCCACUUGUGGACUUAGGAAUAAAUUCUCUCUGGUGCCACCAAUUUAAUUUCUGUUGUACAUCUUCAGUAUUUGAAUGCCUCUUCGUGAAGUUUAUUUCGCCAAAAUGCCUGUGGAUACUAAACCAAAAAUUCACGAAGGACGAAAGUCGUCCAAACCUCAGAUGGAGAAACGAAGACGAGCAAGGAUAAACGAUAGCCUUGGACAACUGAAAUCUCUCAUCCUUGAGGCAACCAACAAAGAUAGCUCGAGACAUUCCAAGUUGGAGAAAGCUGAUAUCUUGGAGAUGACUGUUAAACAUCUCAGGAACAUCCAGAGAAACCAACUUACAGGUCCCCAUUCUUCUGAUCCCAACAUGGUCAGUCGAUUUCGUCAGGGCUACAGUGAAUGCAUCCACGAGGUUGCCCGAUUCUUCACCAACAUCGAGAACAUCGGUGGUCCCGACAUGCGACUGUCGCUCAUCAACCACCUCGCCAAUACCUGCAACCCUCCAGCCUCGACGCCAUCCUCUGCUGCUUCUCAACCAUCGCCACCAACUUCACCAGUGUCUGUGACUCCUAUCGCUCCACUUCACGCUGGUCAACCAACAGUCAGCUUCCCCAGCCAAGCAACGGCUUCUCCAGUCAUGUCCUCUGCAGUCAACACAUCCCAGGUCACACAACCUAUCAGAGUUCAGAUCUCGCCAGCAACCUCUACGGCGCUGUCGUCAUCAAGUGGCAUAGUGACGUCUCCAGUUCAGCAGCAGUGUGUUCAAUCCAGAGUAGAGACUGUUAGUCCAUGCAACACGAACAAUGUCCCUGCAGGACACACUCAGGUGCUGUCGAGCAUCCCACUUGGUAUUCCUGGAUCUCUACCCUCUGGUGAGAUCACCCUAGUACUCCCUCCACAAGCCCUCGCAGGUGGACAGUUACCCAGUCACUUCAUUCCAGUCUAUGCCCAGAAUGCCCCAGUCCUUGCCUCUCCGACCAUGUCACCGGCAUCGCUGGGACCAGUCUCUGCAGAAUCGCCAAAGGCAUAUGCCCAAGUCCACAUCCCUCCACAAACGCAGGUGACGCCACCGCAGCAAGUCACGGCCGUCCAGACACCAACCUUGGUAGCCUUACCAGCACCUGCCCCAGCACCAGUUGUAAGACCAACUAAAGUCGCUGUCCAGACUGUACCCCAACCCCUUACUCCACCUAAAACCAUCCUUCAUACAGUGAAUGUACAACAAGCGGGUGAUCAGGAACCAGUCUGGCGUCCAUGGAGCCAUCGUCGGGAAUAAAAGUAUUGACACCAAAGAAACUUUUAAAGGACUUGUUUUCUUCUCUUAAAGUAUUCAUCACCGAGCUUCCAGUCUAAUUUUCCAGAUGACCAAUGUAUUCAGUUCUUCCAAGGAUGUCAGUGUAUUCAGUUCUUCCAAGGAUGUCCGUGUAUUCAUGUUUUUUUUUUAACAAAUGUAUUCCUGAUAAAGUACUAUAAAUUCAGUUUUCAUGUUGUGACGCAAAAAAGUUACAUUUAGCUUUUUACUGAUCGCCGAAAUUGUUAUCAUAUUUGAAAUGAAAGGUAAUUUCAAAAUGAAAAAUCAAACAUACAUUCCAACCCCCAAUUGUUUGUCAAGGAGACAUUUCGCCAUUACCAAACCACGCCUAAAUGAUUUUUUUUUGCAGUGACUUCAAGUUUGAUGAAUAAUCUGCUUUGCUAGCAUAUCUAAAUGCAUCUCCCAAUAAAUAUUAUGUUUAUUGAUACUUCCAAAAACUGAUGUGUUUGCAGUGACAAAUAAUUCCCGAAAGCUUUUGAAAGUGCCUGUCUGAAAAUAUUAUGCAGAAGUUUGUUUUGCUUAAGGUUUUACCUUUUGUUACAGCUACGGACCAAAAUUCCUAUAUGUAUUUACUUUUUUCCACUUUAUUUUUCAUGUUCAACUUGCUGUUUCUGAAGUUUGUUUUGUGAGUACUACAUUUGUCUUUUACUUUACUGCGUUUCGUUGUAGCCGAGGCGAUACUUGUUUUGUAUUUUUGUAUAUUAUAGAAAUAUAAGAUAUUUUUCAUGAAAUGAAUUAAACACAGAAAACA